AUUAAAAGUUUUAUCAAAUGGAUAAAUAAGGGUCAACGAUGUGUUGCAUCAGUUUUAGGGCCUUGCGCAGUGUAUCAUGGUUCGUAAAAGGUUGUAAAUCGCUGACUGAAAGUAAUGCGCGGAGGAAUACAAUGCGUGCAGGGUAGAUUACGUACGGCGCAGAGGGUGUGGCUAUCGAACCCACAGCCUCGUUCACACACUGUUGCUAAGGGUUACAGUCGCCAGGUACGCAAGAAUAGAAUGACGGCAUUCGUACAUUUAUUCGAAAAUUUUGAUAAUGGUUUGGUGCAACAAAUAUACAAAGAGAAAGAUGAAGCAGAAAAACACCGUAAUUAUGAAUAUUCUGCUAGUGUUAAAAUCCAAUCAUGGUAUCGUGGUGCAAGAUCAAGAUUUUAUCUUAGAUUCAUGAACAAUGCAGCAAUCACCAUACAAAAGCACUGGAAAGGCUACAUCGCACGUAUUUACUACCAAAAAGCUACCUGGGAUUUUUUCCUGAAAAUGUGCAUUGAACAUUACAUAGCAAUGGCUACUAAGAUUCAGAAGACAUGGAGAGGUUACCAGAGUCGCAAGAAAAAAUUUGACUACUACAAGAGGAAGUGUUACCUAGAAAAUGUUUGUCGCAAAAAUGAAAUAGUCUUAGCUAAACUUGAUAAAUUUGCAAAAGAAACAAAAGAAAUUGAAGAAAUCAUCACUCGUCAAUUAAAAGAGAUGAUGUCAGGUCAGAAAGCUUUCCGACAUAACUGUGUACAGGGCAUAGACAGUUUCCCAGGAAUCAACACCAAUACAACUUACAGGAAAUCAAAGCAAACAGAAAUCUAUCAUUCAGUUUAUGAUUUAAAGCAAGGCACACUCCAGGUCUCCACUGAUAACGGAUAUCAGUUAAUUCCUCCAAAAACUUUGCCGCCACUUCCACAGAAACCUCAAGGUCCUUUCCUUGAUCCUGAAAUUGUACAAUUGCAGCGCUACAAACCUCUGAAGCCCACACUUCGUGUAGAAACUAGCUUUGAUUCUUUAGAAAAAGCAAGAAAUGAAUUCAAAUUGGAAGAAUGGGCAAAAAGACUCCAUGAUGAUAAUUUCAUAUCAGUUAAAAACGGCCCAACAAAAUACCAGCCUCUUCUCCAUACAAAGUCUGAAUAUGGUCACAGACCAUAUGGCUUGAAGUACUUCAGAGAGACGAACCACAAAUUAUUUAUAUCAGACAAGGACUUCAAGACAUGCACAUCAAACAGUUCCUAUACUUGAAUCCACAAAUAUCUCACAUUAGGUCAGGUUUAUCCAGAUUAUGAUUUUUAGAAUUAUCUAAUUGUUCAAAUCUGCUGAGAUUAUGCACAAAUCUAAAAAUAAUACCACCAGAUACUGAUUGAAGAUCAAACCAAUCAAAAUAUGAAGACAUAAAUAUUGAUGAUUUUCUUAUUGCCGCAGAUGAGGUUAAUAAGUUCAAACCAUUAUAAAUGUUAUUUACAACUUAUCUCUGACAUUUAUGAUUUAAUCCAGUUAAGGACCUUUUUUUUUAUAAAUAGAAUAAGUAUGCCGGGCGAAAUGCUUAGUGGUAUUUCGUCUGCCGUUACGUUCUGAGUUCAAAUUCCUCCGAGGUCGACUUUGCCUUUCAUCCUUUCGGGGUCGAUAAAUUAAGUACCAGUUACGCACUGGGGGUCAAUAUAAUCGACUUAAUCCGUUUGUCUGUCCUUGUUUGUCCCCUCUAUGUUUAGCCCCUUGUGGGCAACAAAGAAAUAAGAAUAAGUACAUAGUACAUAGGUUACAAGAAGGAAAACUUUAUAGCACUAAAACAUAACUAAGAUAAAAACUAAUACUUUCUCACAGCUCUGGAUUUUCAUUAGUCCUAAAUGAAUUUAAUUAAAAUUUUUGAGUUGCGACUAAAUCAACAUUUGGUAUUUUCCUAAUUAUUUUAUUAACAGACAAUAUUACAUGACAAAUUUCAAAGUCUGUUUUUGAUUUUUUUUUGUUUUGUUUUUUUAAUAAAUCUGUAAAAUAAAAGUA